AGAAAAAUUGAUGCAUUAUAAUAAGCAAUCCUAAAAAGGGACUAAUAGAAAUUGUAUGUUGAAUAAAUUUAUUAUUUCAUAAAGGUAAUGUGGGAAACUAAUAGCAUUGUGAGUUAAUGAUAAGAUCCUUAUUUGAUCUUGGGAAAGCGUGGAUUUUGAAGAUUUAAAAUAUUAGAGAAUGAUUUCAGCCUAACAAUACUUUUAAAACACAAAAAAAAGGAUGACAGAAUAGAUUACUUUAAUAAUCUUUUAAGCUCAAGAAUAUAUUUAAUAAUAUGUGUUUAGAAAAGAAGUAAUUGAAAAAAUCAAUAAUUAAACUUUGUAGUUAACAUUUUUAUAAUCAAGUGAUCUUUGCUAUAUUAAGUUGAAAGAAAUGAAAAAAGUGAUUAGUGAUUACAAGAUUUAAUUACAAUAAAUAAAUGUGAAGGAACAAAUAAAUUUAGACAUUCGAGUUGCUAUAAGUAGAAUAGAAAUAAAGUUAAUGAUUUGA